AUGGUUGCCAUCGUCCAGAAGCCCGCCCCCGCCUUCAAGGCCACUACCGUCGUUGACUCGCAGUUCAAGGAGGUCUCCUUGGCCGACUACCAAGGCAAAUGGGUGAUCCUCCUGUUCUAUCCCAUGGAUUUCACCUUUGUCUGCCCCACCGAAAUCCUUGCCUUCAACGACGCCCUCCCCCAAUUCCACGAGCUCGAGACUGAGGUGCUCGGUGUCUCCACCGACUCCGAAUUCUCCCACCUGGCGUGGUCUCUGCAGCCCCGCAAGCAGGGUGGCCUGGGCCCCGAUCUCAAGCUCCCCCUCAUUGCGGACAAGAGCAUGAAGAUCGCCCGGGACUACGGCGUCCUCAUUGAGGAGUCUGGUGUCGCUCUGCGCGGUCUCUUCAUCAUCGACCCGAAGGGCAUCCUUCGCCAAAUCACUGUCAAUGACCUUCCCGUUGGCCGCUCCGUUGAGGAGACCAUCCGCCUGAUCAAGGCCUUCCAGUUCACCGACAAGUAUGGUGAGGUGUGCCCCGCCAACUGGCAAGAGGGCGGCAAGACCAUCAAGGCCGACCCCAAGGCGUCGCUCGAAUACUUUUCUACCGCGGAAGGCGCGGCCGAGGCAGUCAACGGUGCCAAGCGUCCCAGGUCUGAUUAA